ACCACUAUUACCACUAUUCAACAAGACAAAGACCAAUAUGCCUCCAAGGAUUGAGAAGUGGGUUAUGCAGAUGCAAGAUGUAGACUAUGAACUGAUCUAUGAACCCGGAAAGGACGAAGCCGACCCAYUAGACUACCUCUCCAGGCAUCCAUUACCCGAGACAGAAGACGACGGCACCGAGAAGAUCAUCAAAUGGACUGUAGAAGCAGAGCAUUCAGUAGUUCUGGAAAGGAUAAGAGAAGAGACACUGAAAGACAAGACAUUGCAGAAACUAUCUCAGAGGAUAGCGAAAGGUGACUGGGAGAAAUUCCGAAAAGACAGAGACAUAGAGCCGUACACACACAUCAAGCAAGAACUAUCAACAGCGGAAGGAUUGAUCUUUAGAGAGGAAAGAAUUGUACUACCAGAGAAUCUUCAAAGAAAAGCAGUGAAGAUAGGACACAGUCUAGGACACCUUGGGAAGACAAAGACAAAGAGAAUGUUAAGAGAGAAGUAUUGGUUCCCGUAUAUGAAUCACAUGAUAGACAAUGCUAUUGACCAAUGUUACGAGUGCCAGGUUGCAACGAAAGACAAACAAACAGAACCAAUCAAGGCUUCAAGUAUUCCAGACAAGCCCUGGGACACUGUAUCACUGGAUCAUGGCGGACCCUAUCCUGACGGACACUACMACCUAGUCAUUAUUGACAAAAGAACAAGAUACCCUGUCGUAGAAAGAGUAUCAUCAACUUCUUWCACAACCAACAAAGAGAGGUUGAAACAUGUAUUUGCGACAUACGGGACACCAAGGAGGAUAGAAAGCGACAAUGGACCACCAUUCAACUCAAGAGACUUUGAAGACUUCGCAAGAAAAGAGGGAUUUCAACAUCACAAGGUAACACCAUUACACCCUAAAGCGAAUGGAGAAGCUGAAAGGUUUAUGCAGAUGCUGAAUAAAACAGAAAAAAUAGAGCACCUACAAGGCAAAGAUAAACUAGAAAGUCAGAACGCAAUUCAUGACAUGCUCACCGCAUACAGGUCAACUCCACAUCCAGCAACAGCAGUAUCACCYYACGAGGYGAUGAGGGGAGUAGCUGUAAGAACGAAGCUCGAUUACAUAGCACCCAACAAACAGACAUCAGAAGAAGACGAACAGAUAAACAAGAACGACGCAAGAUACAAGGAGAAGAUGAAAGUGCAGAGAGAAAACAAUCGAACAAAGGAAAAGAGACUGCUACUCGGAGACUACGUGUUAGUCAAACAAGAAAACAAAAACAAAUGGAGCACACCAUAUGAACCCAUAUUCUAUACAAUCUGCGAUAUUCAAGGAUCCAAGAUAACAGCAAGAAGAACAACAGAUGGACGCACAGUUUGUGGGGACGCAAGUUACUUCAAACUAGUCAACACUGUCAUCAACACUGCAGAUGAAGCAGAAACGGUUGGACCAAGCCAGGAAGAACCGAAGGCGACAACAGACACCAAGCAGGAAGACCCUAGAGAGAGAAUUCUGAGGGAAACCAAAAGUCAUGAGGAUCGGAAGAAACCACCGAACAACGAAGAGAAACAAGCGGAGCUGAAGGAGAAAUCAUCAAAGAUGACUCAAGUUAAACAGGAGAAAACCGAAGAGCGAGUGGAAAGUGAAAAACCACAAGAUGAAGGAGAGAAAUCAAACCGACCAAGAAGGGAAAGACGAAGACCCAAGACGUUUGAAGACUACUAUAUGUACCCUUAGGGAUAGAGGACAUGGAACAUUGUUAUAGUUGAGUUUUAUUCUACUUCAACAUGAAAAA